GGGUUGUGGAGUAAAGCUGUUGGUAGUUUUGCAGUGACCUCUUGCUUCACCAUGUCUGCCAGUGGAGAUGAACCACAGGCUAGCAGCCCUGCAGCCCAGGAACAAGAGCUGCAGGUGCCUGUGGAGGCCAAAGACCUUGUGGUGGCAACUGUGGUAGGGGCCAAGGAUGCAGUCUGUAGCACAGUUGCUGGAGCCAAAGCUGCUGUGUCCAGUGUAGUAGAUGUGGCCAAAGGGGCUGUCCAGGAGGGUGUGGAGAAGACCAGAUCGGCAGUGACCAGCAGCAUGGACACUGUGAUGGGCUCAUCUCUGGGCCAGAAGGUUGUGAGUGGCCUGGAUGUGGUGCUAGAGAAAUCGGAACAGUGGGUGGACCACUACCUCCCCAUGACUGAUGAGGAACUGGCUGCACUUGCCACCCCUGUGGAGGGGGCAGAGGUGGCUCCAGUGGAGAAGCAGCGACAGAGCUACUAUGUGCGCCUGGGCUCCCUUUCAACCAGCCUGCAGCAGCGAGCCUACCAGCACUCCCUGGGCAAGAUGAGGCAUGCCAGGCAGAGCACCCUGGAGGCCCUGGCCCAGCUUCAGCAAGCUGUGGACCUGAUCAACUAUGCCAAGCAGAUUGUAGAUGAGAAGCUUCAAGAUGGCCAGGAUAAGCUGUACCAGAUGUGGCUGGCAUGUACCAAGGAGCAGUCUAAAGGGCAAGAGGACACUGACUCGGCAGAGAUUGAAGUUCAGGCACUUGCCAUGUCUGACCAUCUUCUACAGCAACUGAAAUCAAACUGCUCCAUGCUCCUGGGCAGCAUCAAGGGGCUCCCAAGUUCUCUCCAGAACAAGGCCCAGCAGAUCUACAGCAGUAUGGAAGAGCUUCAGGCUUUCUUCUCCCCCGCCAAGUAUGGCUGGUGCCUGGUGCCCAUCUCCUAG